CAGAAAGAGUCUUUCGGAUACUAAAGGCAUUGCUAGCUGGCUUUCAGUGCAUUACCACAGGAAGUCUUGGAAUCCAAUUAUCUCUGAAGCAAUAUGUUAAAUAUGCUCAUUAACAUGCAAAAAAGUAGAAAAGUGUAUUAGAGAAAAGCUAAUGUAUCACACUUCUUAAUGUCACAAUGAAUUAGCAAUAAAAAGGGUUGCAUCAGAAACAACUUGCUGGAAUACCUAGGUAGCAUAGGAAAAUAAGGCAUUUCACUUCAAUUCGCUUAAUUCCUGAUAAUGACAUAGAUGUAGUGAUAAGCUCUCUGUAUAAUAGGCUCCAGCUCUCACAAAGUUUAGGAAUUGCGCUUCGCCUGUGGAACAAGGAGGGAGGCAAGAAAAGGGAGGUUAGCUAAAACCUCAGAGUAAACUGCCUCUUGGCUCAACAAGCAAAAGAGAAGGCAAGAACAGGCAGAAAAGGUACAGGCAGUGGUUUAGGAAGGGAAUAGUUACAAAUAAAACUUUGGGGUCCCAUGCAGGCACUAACUAGCCACUUGUUUUUAUCCUAACCUCCCAAAGUGAGCUCCCAGCCAUCCAAGCCCUGCAGCCCUUCAGCUCUCCAAGACCUAUGUUUAAAGGCUUUCUCACAUUAAACCUUCACUGUGGCACUUUCCCUCCGUCAUCCCUACUAAUCUACACUUCUAAUCCUUCUUGCUGAGCAGGAACAAUCAAACUGAGUCACACAGGUAUAAACAAUGAUUACUUUCUUUAUUUUUAUUGAGAAAUUGAAUAUAUACUCUGCCUGUCCAGAGGAGCUUGUUUGCCUGCUGCCCCAACACAUUUUCUGCCAGUGAGCUCAGAAGUCAGAGCUCCUUUGGCAAAUACACCUCAAAAAUUUGUGGUAAUUACAGCAGGUUUGCCAAGCAAACAACAUGCUGCAGACUCAUUCCCUCCUCUGCCACACCUUGCACCUUUCCUCUGUGGCAAAUCAGCCUUGGAAAUUCAGCCAAGAUAAACAUGCAUCUCGGCUGCUUUGAAUGUAAACUCCCAAAGUAUUUAUUUUUCCCAUGAACACAACUGCCAUCCCAGGGAAGGAGUGAACAUUCACGUUAAAAUCAGGCUCUGCCCCUCCUACCCUGAUUUUUUUUGAGUUGCAAUGUUAACAUCAUCUUUUUUAGCACCAGCACAGCUUGGAGAUCUCAGGGUGCUGGGAAAUCUCUGCACCAAGCAUGCCUCAGAGGCCUGCUAGCCUCCUUUCAUACUGGCUGAAAAUGAAGUCAGGGCUCGAGCUUUAACUUGGCCAAAAACACCACGAGCUAGUUGUAGAGGCAGGAGAAGAAUCUGUGGCUAGACUGUGCUUCCCUCAAAUCAUGGCGGAGACAGCACAGGGCAGGAAAUGCUCAGAGACCUGGGAGAACCUGCAUCAUUCUUCUGCUGCCUGAGCACAACACAGCUGUCUAAUGGCAACUUGCUCUCCGAUUCAUGCUCCUUCAAUUCACAGUCCCCCCUCCAGCUCUUCAGGAAACUAGAGACAUCACACGCUCUUGCACACAUAAAAUGCUGAAUCUGGCAGAGGAUACCCUACAUGAGAGAAAUGCAGCUCCUAACUCAGGCCCAUAGCAGGCAGGCAUAGGUGAUGCCCCAGUGAAACACUUUUGAGUAAUACUAAGUGAUUUGGCUCUGCUGGACUAGCAGCUUUCCUGGGAAAGAGCAAUGCAAAUACUUUGCUGUGCCAAGUUGCUCUCAGGCAGAUCAGCUUCUUUUCAGACCCUUUUAAGGGAUUGCUCCCACCCCCAGGGUCAGGCAGCUGCAUCAACUUUGCUGCCGUUAUUGCAACCCCCCAGGCUCCUUAGAAACGAGGAGCGAGCUCGUUCACAACUUCCCUGCCUACUUCCCACCUGUCUCAAUCCAGCACCACUGAAGCUUCAGGUGAUUUCAUUAGCACAAGAGGAUCAGAAACACCUGCUGCCUCCUUCCUGAAUUCUCUAGAUUGCAAUUUAUUUCCAGCUGUACUAAAGGUGAUUCCCCCCCCCCUUAUGUAGUUCUUGCUCUCUUUGCAUUUCUUCACAUAUCUUUUGACCCUCUAACCUUCUCUGUUUCCUAAAGCAUGUAUGAAAUCCUGUACAACAUAAACCUUGUAUAUUGUUGCCUACAGGAGGAGGAUCUGCCCUCCUCAGAGCCUGGGUGAGAGAUUCAAGUAGAAAUAACUCCAGCAAGAAUGUACUUCUCCCCCCUUAUGGCAGCUUAAUGAAAAGGUUAGCAGCAAGCACUCAGCGUUAGAGAAAAGUAGUGUAUAUUCAGAUAUGACAAAGGUUGAUAGAUCAAUAAACAGAGAGAUAGAUAGGAGGAGGGAAAUAAAAGCAUGAUUUCAAUUACAGCUCAAUGAGCAGCACUGAAAAUCUCCUUCCUACACUUCAGAGCUAGGUUCAAGCUGACCAAAUUCAGAGCUGAACUUUGAACAUUAAAGAGAAAAACUAGAAAAGGCAUUGCUAGAGGCUUCAAGAGACCCUAAUCAUCACAGUUAUCAGCAUGGCAUUUCUAAGCUCCAGAGCUUUCCCUCCCUGAAAGGCACUGCCAGGAACCAUCCACCUUCCCCAGCAGGCAACUGAGACAGACAGGACAGCAUUGCAGAACCAACACCCACAGCCUCCCAAGCUUUACCUAAGGGCUCCUCGGAUGCCUUAUUUAUCCCCUCCUGACCCUGCACACCUGCAGGCCCUUUACACAAAUGCACUCAGAGCCAUUAACCCUCCCUUUCUGCAUGGAGCCACCCAGGGCAUUUUCCUCAUGGUGCUUUUUUUCUAAUAAAAUACAACCAGUUUUGUAUUUGUUGUGUCCAAAUAUCACCUUGUACAUUAAAAGCUAUACUGGUUUCUGUCAUUCAUUUUUUUCAUUCUCUCUUAAUAGCCAUUUACUGGCCAAGAAAAGAAGUUUAAAAAGUGGAAGGCUAAAGUUAGGACACUUAAAAGUCUUACUGAAAGUGGCCAGCGAAGAGCUUUCAUCUCACACUGCAUUUGUAGCAGCCAGGGGGAACGAAAGUGUAGGGAGUUAUAAAAUAAUUUCCAGAGAAACGAGUGUGCCUCAGUUUCCCCAGCCAGUAAAUGGUGAUGCAGCUGCAGGAUCAGCUGCACAGCACCACGCCCCUAGUCUGCUCCAAAUGCCUCUUGGUGGCACUAUUUGAAAAGAUUUCUUCACUUGACACCUAUCUUGCAGUCAGGAGAGGGGGAGUUUCUGGAAGGAAUCAUAUGCAUCUUAACAUCACAAUUUUCUGGGGUUUUUUUUCUUUUUUUUUUCUUUUUUUAAACUUCAAAAUGAAAGCAUUCCUGGUGGCCUCCUCCCCUGGGUGUCAGAGCGGCCCCAUGUCACUCCCUCGGGGAUCGCAGUCUCACAAAACACCUUUGCCAAACAUGCGAAUCACAGGCAUUCCUCAGGCAUCACCUUAUACAAAAACCUCCAGUGGUAAAAUAGCCUCUUCGGUAAAAUGCCUCAAAAAUGUGUCUGCAGGUGGGGCAAGCUUAGGAUGGACCCUGCAAUAACUUCUGAGAAAAACGUUAGUGCAGAAGUUAAUGAGGAAGAGAUAAAUGAAGACACGGGAUGACAGCAUAAUUGGGCUAGAAACGUUUCAGGGCACCCUGUGGAAGAGGUGUCUCCUUUGCAAGAUGCAGGCUAUGAUUACAAACCCUAUUUAAGACCACCAAUAGCUGAUCUGCUUUAAACUCCACUCCUGAAGCUCAGCUGUUCCUAUUGCUGACCUAGGUAAGCCUGGAUAUACAGAAACUCAUUUAUUUUCACAUUGUCUGACUUUGCUACUGGCAGUAAAGCAGGAGCUUUUGGCCAUGAAUGUCUUCCUGGAGCUACCACUGCUGAGCUCUCCUAAAGGAAUUUCUAUGUUGGCUUUUUAUGAGUCAAAAAAUUCAUAAAAGAGACCUAGAAUCAUAAUAUUCUGUGGCUCAUUUGAAGCAACGUGCAUUCACAGCUCUGUUCUGCUCCACAUAAAGCCAAAUUAAGGCCAAGGACAAGAUUUUUUUCUCCCCUCUCCUGCUAUCUGCCUGCUUCCCCAACCUUUCACUUCUCACUGUCCUUCAUCUCUCCAGCCCUCACUGCUCAUCCUCGUACCCAGCUGUCUCUGCAGCGAGUCAGAGAUUCAUUUUUCCCGUGAGUCCCUUCUUGUUCUCCAUUUUCUUUCUCUUCUUCUACUUUAUUCUGUCUACCUCCUUUUCUGGCAGUUCUUUCUCUCUCUGUCUUUCUGUCCAGCUGUGUUUUUCAAGAGUAACUUAAAAAAAAAAAACAUACAAAGACUCCUUUUUGUUGGUGCUUUUUUUGCAGGCUGACUCAGGUUUGCAGGGAGAUGGCCCAGCUCCAGGAAAACAUCAACAGCAUCAUCACUGCUUUCUAUGCAUAUGCCCAGAGAGAUGGGGACUGCAGCACCCUGAGCAAGGAGGAGCUGAGGCAGCUCAUCCAGCAGGAGUUUGCAGACGUGAUAGCGAACCCCCACAACCUGGAAACUGUGGAGAAGGUGCUGUGCUUCUUGGACGACGACACCAAUGACAGGGUUGACUUCAGUGAGUUUCUUAGUCUGGUUUUCUGCGUGGCGAAGGUUUGUUACUCUUGUAACAAACUGCUCAGGCAGUACCACAGACUGGAAAGUGGACACGAGCUGACAGCCCGAGAGGAGGCAGGCAGGGAGCAGCAGCCAGCAGGACCACAUGCAGCUGAGAGGGUCUCCUACCACUGGCAGAUCCAAGAGCAGGGAACAAACAAUCAGGUCCAUAAGGGUGAGACCCCAGACACCCAUCAAACCCAGGAGCCUGAGACAUCAGAUCAGGGCCCAGACACCCAUCAGGCUGAUGGGACAGAGGCACCAGAAUGGGACCCAAACAGAGUUGAGAUCCUGCACAUUGAGACCACAGAGCGGGACCAAAAUACUUGUCAGGCUGAUGAGACUGGGACUCCAGGACAGGACCCAAAAACCCACCAGGCCCAAGAGACCAAGACACCAGAACAGGGUCCAAAGUACCACCAGGCCCAGGAUGCUGAGACACUAGAGAAGGCCUCGAGCAGCCAUCAGGUCCUGGAGAUGGAGUCAGCAGAGCCGGACCUGAAUUGUCCCUCUGAG